AUGCUUGAUUGGAGACCCAUUUUUCGUCUAGUUGGCGUGGUUUCUUCCGUAGCCGCUACGGCCACUGCUGUUACUUUCGUCGUUGUUAAUUCUAAUGAUCUCAGGAUCCUUCUGAAGAAGAAUGCUCUACAAGUCGAAGCAUCGUGGACAACGAACUAUACGCCGAGUAUUAAGUGGGAUUGCAACUGGGAUAAAAGGGAUCCAGCUUCUCUUGUGGAACCACCUGGAUCUAAAACAGAUAUGCGAUUAUAUGAAGAAGAGUUAAAGCGUCAUUCCCCAUCAGCUGUCCGUCAUUUGUUUUUAAUUCGCCAUGGACAUUAUGAUACCAGGCCAGAUGAAGAUCGCUUAAAUAUCUUGACACCACUAGGGGAAGAACAAGUUCAUUUCACAGGGAAACGUCUACAAGAAUUAGCAAUUCCAUUCACAAAAAUAAUAGCUUCUACAAUGUCACGUGCUGAACAAACUGCCAAAAUUGUCCAGAAAUUUUUCCCUCAGUUGCCAAUAGAAAACACAGAUCUCCUCAGAGAAGGAAGUCCUAUUCCACCUGAACCACCAAAUGGAAGAUGGAAACCCCAAUGGCAGUUUUUGACAGAUGGUCCAAGAAUUGAAGCUGCUUUUCAGAAACAUUUCCAUCGAGCUAGUGUCAGUCAAAAAGAAGAUAGCUUUGAAAUUUUAGUAUGUCAUGCCAAUGUCAUUAGAUAUUUUAUAUGUCGGGCUCUACAGUUUCCUCCAGAAGCUUGGCUCCGAUUUCGGCUAUAUCAUGCAAGUAUAACCUGGGUCACAAUCCGCCCUGAUGGAAGAGUAUGUCUCAAAAUGUUUGGGGACUCAGGACAUAUACCCCAAAAUAAACUUUCACACAAUACUCUUUACAAUAGCAUUAUCUAA